ACAUUUCGUACCCUUCGUCGAUAACAAAAUGAGCACUCUUCAUUCGGUAUGUUUCUAGUUGCUGGUGUGUACACCGUCUUAUGUACAUUAUAUACGUACAACAAAGCAAAAUUUUGCGGUAGAACCGGCGACACUAACACUCACAUUCAGUCUGCAUUUAGCGCGCGAGUCGUGUGAACGAAGGAACACAUUACGCAGACUAAUAGGAAACUUUAAAGUUUAGCAAUUUUCCUGGCGAAAUGACUACUCAAUUACCCAUCUAUUCUGGACAAUUAGUAUGGGCUUUCAACUCUACAUAUCCGUAUUGGCCCUCGAUUGUGUGCGCUUCGGAAUCGGGAGACAUUGAAAAUACGAACAAUGGCAGAAAGCCAGCCGUUCAUGUGAAAUUAUGCGCAAAUCGAAAAAGUGAUUGGAUCCAGUUGGAUAAUGUUUUUGAGUUCACUGGUUAUGAGUCCUAUGUGACCAGGAAGAGGUGUCUGGAAUCUAUAUUGCCCAAAGAUGACUUUCACAAAGCGUUCGACACUGCGAACAAUGAGGUUUGGCGUAGGGCUGUUGUUGAAGCAACAUUCAUUUGGAGUAAGGAUGCAAACUGUAGGCUCGGCAUUUUCGAGACCCUAAAUAUACUUGACGACAUUAGCUAUGAGUUAACUAAAAUUGCGUCCAACAUUACAUUUGAAGACGCAAAUACAGAACCACCGAAAAACACAGGACAAGUCCAACGUCGCCUAUCUCGUCGUUUAAUUCCAACGUUAAAAGCGUCCAGUAAUGGCCGUCGUUCAGAACCACAAAAAACUACCGCAGAGCCCGAACGUCGUGCUAGAACCUCACUUCUACCCAACAAACCACCUACUAAACCGCCGAGUAAAUUCGAACUGUUUGAAACCGAUCUGCUAACGUAUCAAAUAGAUUUAUAUCCAAAAGACAUAUUGUUUCAAGGCGCGCGUGUUGGAAAUAUUUGCAAGAUCUGUUACUCGAUAGAUGAUACGGACGAUGGAGAUUUAGUCAAAUGUUCAGCUUGCGGGGACUAUGCCCAUAAUUCUUGCUUGAACAACAAUAAUGACGAGAGUUAUAUACAAUUAGCUGAACAGGACGAUCCGAAAGAAAGACGAAAAUCAUCCUCAAUCAGAAUCAUAAUUGAAAAGAAGGUUUUGUGCUUUGAAUGCCAGACACCGUCCAGAUGUUUCGCUUGUAAGGAAGUGACCGAUACACAAUUGAAGAAAUGUGAUGUUAAAUCCUGCAGUCGUCAUUAUCACACUGAAUGUUUGGAUAGUUGGAAGCAAAUCGAACUCACCAACUCGAAAUUGAAAUGUCCGUUACAUGUUUGCCACACGUGUUACCCAAUCAGGAACGACCGUACGACGACGACAAUGAAAUUUACAUUCUGUGUUAAAUGUCCCACUGUAUACCAUCUGGAUUCAAACUGCAUUCCGGCCGGUACUAUAAUUUUAACCGAAAAACAGCACAUUUGCAUCCGCCAUCGGUGUGAAACGCGGCACUUAGUCCCGAACCUGGAUUGGUGCGCGCGAUGUGGUGAAGAAGGAAACACAUUAAUUUGCUGUGGUUCCUGUCCGAAAACGUUUCACAUGUCGUGUCUAAACACAUCAGAAGUGUCACACCCGUUUUUAUGCGAGGACUGUGUCAACGCAAACAAUCCGUUGUACGGACAGAUGAUAAUUGCCAAAUAUGGGAUGCAUCCUUGGUGGCCAGCUGUAAUAGUUCCAGAAUUUAAGGUUCCCGCUCAUAUGCACAAAAAAUCGCCGAAGGCUCACGAAUUUUGUAUCCGUUUCUUUGGUGCCUACUCAUUUGGAUGGAUACGUCGCAGCUCUGUUCAUUUUUAUUCGAAGGACGAAGCAGACAAAUUUUUGAUUAAUGGCGAUCAAAAACAAGCAAAAGCCUUCAAGGAAGCGGAAAAUUGGUUCGAUAAGACACAGAAGAGGGACAGUAUUAGCAGUACUAGUAGUAACAGUAACAACAACACCAUAGUCAUCAAUUUGGAAAGAAAUGAAAAACAAUCGAGUCCACAACCACCACAAUACGCUAAAGUUACUACUGUCCAUGCUGUGGCACCAGCAAAACUAAUUAAAUCUAAGGACGGGCCAUGCAAGUGUUCUUGUACCCCAGACGACCUGUGUGGACUAACAUCAAAUUGUGAGAAUCGUGAUAUGUACAUCGAGUGCGACCCUAUGUACUGUGGUUCGAAUUGCAAUAAUCAGUGCUUCGAACGGAAAAUAUUUGCUGCCGUGAAGGUGAUUUUCAUGGAUGAGAAAAAAGGUUUCGGAUUAGUUGCUGACGAAUUCAUCAAUGCCGGGCAAUUGGUGAUAGAAUAUGUCGGCGAAUUGAUCACGGAAAAUGAGCUCGAACGUCGAAAAAGUCGCAAACAAAAUCGGCCCGGAGCGCAACAUUACUAUUUCAUGACCUACACAAAGGGACUGUAUAUCGAUGCGGAGAAAAAAGGCAACGAAUCUCGCUUUGUAAACCACUCUUGCGUACCGAAUUGUGAAACGCAAAAAUGGACCGUGAACAAAGUUGAUCGCAUUGGGUACUUUGCACUGAAGGACAUUGAGAAGGGUACGGAAAUUACAACGAACUACGGUUUUGGCCGUGGAGAAUUUCAUCAAUGUUUUUGUGGUGAAAAUAAAUGCAAGGGAGUUAUUGGCGAUGGCAAUUUGACAAAAUGAUUGUCGUGACGUAUUUUUUAACUUAGAAAUUAUUUUAUCUUUUAUUUAGUAAAUUUUUUGUAAAUUGUAGAAACGUAAACUGACAAAUUAAAUUAUUUACACAAAAAA